AUGAAUUUUAUUGAUUAAGAAGACUAUAAUCUUCCAUUAGAUUAUGAUGAUCUUUUCUUUUAAUCCAAUUUUUUAGAAAAUCUUCCAACACCAGAACUUAGUAAAUCAACAGAAAAUUUAGAAUAAAAAUUAAAAGAUGAACGAAAAUAAAGAAUACUUAAAAAAAGAAUUGAAAAAAAAUAAAAAAUUAAGACGGAUGUUGUAUAAACUUUGUCUAAAGAAGAAUUAAGAAAAUUAAGAAAUAGAAAUUCAGCUCAAUUAUCAAGAGAUAAGAAAAAAAUCAUAUUUGAUAAUCUAAUUUAAGAAAAUAAAAAGUUUUCAGAAAUAUUAAAGAAAAAAGAUGAGUAAAUUGAAUUAUUACAAGAAGAAAAUAAACACUUAAGAUUAAGAAUUGAAUAUUUAGAGGAAAUGAAGUAAAUUAUUAUCUAAAUAUUAUUAGAUAACAUUAUAAAAGUGAUAAUACUGUAUCUGAAGAAGGAGAAUAAAUAUAUAGAGCUAAUAUAAUCACAAAAUCAAAGAUGAUGAAUUAUGGAUUGAUUUCUCUUUUAGCUAUAACUUGUAUAUUGUCAGUAAUGACGAAUGAUUUCGAAUACAACCCUAAACCUAUUUCAUUAUCAUAAUUAUCAAAUUAGAGGUAUGAUUUUUUGGCUCCAAAAUAUUCAUAAAGAAAUCAAACUUCCUUAUUUAGUGAUGAAUCUAAUUCAUUUUCAAUUCCCUCUCAAUCAUUUUAAAAUUAGACAUUAUUUUAUAAUUGCACAGGUAAAGAAAAGGAGUGCUAAAACUUUUUAAAUAUAAUAAAAGCAGAAAAUGCUAAUAAUAUUUAUUUUGUAAAUGAUGAAACUGAUCAUCUGCCAGCUAAUCAUGAUCACAACUUUGAAAUGGGAGAAGAUGUUUAUUUAAUGAAAAUUAAAUAAGAUGAUGAAGAUAACUUUCUAAUAUUUCGAGCAAGAUGUCAAAUAACAGAGAAUAACUCACUAGCGCUUUAAAGAAAUACAUACGAAGCAUAUAACAACAGUUAAAAGUAUUGA